AAUGCAGAGUGGGGCGGGCAAGGGCUUGGAUUACAGCUCCAUGCUCAAAGUGGUUCAGUGGUUUAUGCGUAUUUAUAAGAAGAGAGUAAAAGCUUGGGGGGAAAACCAUGGAAGAAAGAGAGAAAAAAUGCUGCUUUUGGAAGUGAGAGGAAGAGGAUAAAGGAGUUUAGAAACAUGGACUCCGAAUCACUGGACAGGUGCAUACAGAGUACCUUAUCAGUGCUCUACCCUCCGUUUGAGGCCACAGCAGCCACAGUUCUGUGCCAGGUUUUUGACGUGGUGGAGAAGACGUACCGCGGGGAUGGAUUGCGCUACCUCAUAGAUUUCCUGAUUCCAGCAAAGCACAUCUUGCAGUGCAUUCAGCAGGAUGCCUGUGUUCAGUACUGUGGAUUGCUGUUCCACCAUGAAGGCUGGCCUCUCUGUGUCCAUGAGAAGAUUAUAGUCCAGCUGGCCUCUAUAGACUGGCGAGCCUUAAAGCCCGGUGACUUCUACCUGCAGGUGGUGCCCUACCUAAAGAAGUCGCCACGAAUAGUACUGAAAUGUUUGGCAAAUGACAAACAUAAUGUAGAGGAAGUUGUGGUCCCAGAGGUCUCCUACACCUCUGUUUUUUCUGUGGAAUGGUUGGAGUCCAUCAAUGGAGAGCGGAUGGGUACAGCUCUGGAAAAUUGUUUACUAGCCUCUGAUGAUAAAAUAUUCCGGGUUCCUUGGGAUAAAGUCGUCAAUCCUGAAUUUAUUGAUAAACCAAAAAUAAUUGAAAAUAAUAUCACAGCUCUCAAAAUGGCUGAAGAAUCUUCAAAUUUGUGCUUCCCAAUGGAGCAUCCCAAAUGCGACUCACCUGCUCCUGGGCCUCAAGCUUCACAGGAGCAAGAAGUGAUGCAGGACAAUUUGGUCAUUAGCAGGACGACUCAGGAAUCAGCUGACACCGUUGUCAAUGGUGUGUGUCCUGUGCCCCUGGAGGAUUCUGAAAGUGACCCUGAAGGAGAGUACGUAGAGCUGACGGAAGUUUCACUGCCGAGAUUUGGGCCACAAGUGGGCUCCUUAACCCAAUCGAUAGCCUUAAAUUCUAGAACUCAACCCAGACCCAGAGUGAAUGUCUCGAAAGACAAACACAGGCUUAUUGUCCUUCGGGACAGUAGCACAUGCUCAAAAAACUUGGUUUGUUCAGCACUUAUACAAAAGCAGCACAGUCAGACGGACACAUCAAGGACCCCUUAUUCAGGGGCUCAUGAAAAUGUAAUUCAUUUGGAAAACAACAAAAUGAUGCGACAUGGUGAAUUGUUACCAAAAAGUCAGCUGGAAUCAAAUGAUCCUGGCAGUGUAGGGAAUUCAGACUGUAAAUUUCACACAGCUGCAUCUCCAGCCAGCAGUGCGGAGAGUUCAUCCUCCGUGGGGCAAGGGGCACACAGUGAGCACACGAUAGACUGGAGAUAUGCAAUGUGCAGUUACAAUGAUGUUUGUGCUGGAGACAGUGCUGAAUGCAAGGAACAAUUAAUAGAGACUCCUGGAAAAACAGAAGCUGAAAGCGAUGUCCGUGGGGCAGAAACUGGCAAAGAAACCACAGAGCUGAGCCCAGAAGCCCUUCCAUUUAAUGCUGCUGCUAGGGAGGGAAUGCAAAAUCAAUUGAGAGCCCAUGAAGACAGUGACAGCGCCAGGGUGUAUUUUUCUCCUGUUUCGGUCAUAGGACAUUCCACACCACACUGCAGACUUGAGGAAGACUCUGGCAUUCAGAUUACAUCUGAAUCCUCACGUCUGACAGAACAAUGCUUCCGUUCAUCAGUGGAUGUGCCAGAUAGAAUUGUAGAACACAAUCAUUGCAGUAAUCCGCUAGUAGAACUUAGUCCUCUGUUAAGUCAGCCUGCAAAGUUGAAGCGAGGACAAGCAGACCAGUUAGGAGAGUUAGGCAGUGGAGUUAGUGUUGAGGAAGUCUGCAAAGAGACUGAUGAACAAACAUUCACUGGGAACGAGAAGCAGAAUAGCCAUCCAUACUCCUCUGCUGUUGACAGGGGGAUGGAUGGAUACUUGUCACAGGACAAAGGACAGGAGGUCAUGGGCUGUACACAACAGAAAGGAGAAGAAACUAAACUACUCCAAACCUCUGGGCUAAUAGAGAUCAGACAGACAGCAAAACAGUUAGACAACAAUGGCACAAUGGUAGAUGUACAUAUAGAGAGCUCCUACCAAAUUGGAACCAAAAGGGAUAGAGAGAAAUGUGAGGAGAAACAAAGCUGUGUGGAAAUCCAGUGUCACAAAAGUGUAGUGAACUCUGUGCUAUUGCAAACCCCAAGGGAAGGGGUUGGCCUGGAAUUUGUGGCGGGACAGGAUUUGCAAGGGGGUCCGGAGAACAAACAAGGUGCUCCUGAACAAGAGGGGUCAUGCAGAAGGACCAACCCAAAGGCUGGGAAUGAGUCAGCAGCCUUGGAAACUCUAGACAUGCUGAAACCCAAAGCAAAGGAACUGGCGGCCACACUGCCAUCUUCUCCACCUACUGAUGGGGAUAAUGCUAAGAGGCCAAUGCAGUUGGCUGAAUGGAACAGCAAUACAAAACCCACCCCUUCCAAGCAGGAAGCAGCUUCUCAGGAUUCACCUUCUAAAGGUACACGGCUGAAAGGGGGAGAAAAGAUAAAAGAAGUGUGUACAGAUUCGUGGGAGCCAGUGGGUCGAGUCUGUUCCCCAGAGGAAGGCUCAGCAGCUGUUACUCACCAGGAGCCCCCAUCUGAUGUGGCACCCAGAAGUUUUCAAACUGCACCUGUCACAGCAAAGGAAGUGAACCUCGACGUACUCACGAGUGGAGUUGCCUGUCUGCCAGGCACCAGAGACAAAUGUGGACGUGCAGUGGCCAUAAUCACCACAAGGAACACGAUUUGGCUAAACCCCCAUUGCAACACCAACGAGCUGGUGCGCGUCCUCCUGUACUUACACAGCAUCCCAAGAGCAGAGUGCCGAGCUUUGGGCCUAACCAUUCUGGUAGAUGCUCGUCGCUGUUCACCAGUUCCUGCCCUUUUUAAGGCUUUCAGCUUAGUACAGGACAUGGUUCCUCAUUGUAUUCACGGAGUUCUCCUGCUUGUUGAAAGAGAGCUCACGUUUCGGAUGGAGAAGCCAACAGCGGUGCAGAUUGAACUUCUCCCCUCCAUGAAGUCCCUCCACAAGCAUAUAGACAGCACGCAGCUGCCACUGGAAUGGGAUGGAGCCUUCCCUUACUGCCAUCGGGACUGGCUAAGCUUUCGCAUGAAACUGGAGCAUUUGCUACAAGGAUGUCAGGGCGCUUGUGCUUUCCUGCAGGGGGCCAUUCAGAGGAUGGAGUCUUGUAGAUUACCAGAAAGGGCUGAGGAGGCCAGUGUUUUGUUGAGGAAUUAUAGACAAUUAAUGAAGAACGUCCUUGAUGACACGCGGCUGGUUAAACUGCAGCUGGAGGGCGGAGCUCUUCUGGCUCGGCUGAGGAAGGAGGAGUCCUGUGUCACUGUCACCGAGGACUACAGAGAUGCUCUGGAUGCUGCUAGCACGCUUUAUAACCGAGUGGAUGAGGGCGUCCACCUACUGGUGAUGUUGUCAAACAAACGCAUCCAGGAGCUGGAGCUAGUGAUGGAAUUCGAGACUUCUGAAGAAUGUUUUAGGGAGGUCAGCACUUGGAUCGAGAAUGUUGGCAGGAAGCAGCUAAAGGAAAUGAUUGACCUGGACGAUUCUUUGGAGCUCCUGCUUCAAGCUCAAAAGCAGUUCAGGGAAUUUGAUCUUGUUGCCAGUAAAUAUUGUAGAAGGGGACAGGAAGUGUUAAAGAAGCUGGACAAGUGGGAAGAUUUUUCCUCUGCAGACUUGCAUGUUUAUGGACUCAAGCUGCAAACAUAUAGAAAUCAGCUGGAGGAGUUCUGCGCCCGACUGGAUGACACCAGGAGUCGGAUUGGAGAGACAGUCAGGCUGUACGAAUUCUUCGACAAGGCGUACGAGUGGGCGCUGGAGGGGAUGCGACACCUAGCCUGCAUCAGCAUGGAGGACUGCAACUCCCCAGAGCACUGUGCAGCCGCGAUCAAGUGUUUGGAAAGCUACAAGGGACAGCACCCGGAAAUCAGCGAUGCCAAAUUCCAGGAGAUGAAAGAGCUGGCCUGUGAGCUGAAGAGCGACAAAGGGCUGAAGCAGUGGAAAUUUGCAUGGUCCAAGUGCCAGGAGACAAAACUGGUCUUUGAGAAGAAGCUAGAAGCUGCCCUGAGAACACGAAGGUCUCUGCUCUCUGAGCGGAAGCCAGGUGAGGGGGAGCACUCCCGGUGUGGUGGUGAGAGCAGCAGGCUGUCUCACAGGAGGCACUCAGAGGGAGCCAUCCCUGGGCUGCUUUCAGACAGGAAUCACAGCGUGUCCCAUUUCUACAGCAGGCCAAACCGUUCUCCUGGGUGGGCCAGGGAAAAAGCUCUCUCACUGUCCCUGAGCAGCUCCGGGGAUGUCAGUGCUGGGGAAGAACUGACCUCCCAAGCUGCUCCCAACAUGAGUCCCCACUUGAGCAGGGUUUCUCUUGGUACAGUGGCCUGCGAGGCUCCACGCGACAUGCCCGAGGACAAGCCAAACCUGGAGAGUAUUUUAGAAAUUCUUGAGGCAAAUUCAUCCUGCUCCACCACGUCCGCCUCCAGGAGGCCACCAUCCAAGAGGACGCUGAAAAAGGCCCAAAGCUUUGAUCUUCCCUGCAGCGAGAGCCUGCGGUCCAGCUGCCAGAGGACUCUGAGCGAGCCGGCCAGCAAACUGCGGCACAUCAUAGACGAGAUGGUGACCACGGAGCGGGAGUACGUGAGGUCUCUGUGUUACACCAUCGAGAGCUACUUCCCCGAGAUGGAGCGCUUGGACCUGCCCCAGGACCUGAGAGGGAAGCGCAGUGUCAUUUUCGGGAACCUGGAGAAGCUCUACGACUUCCACAGCCAGUACUUCCUGCGGGAACUGGAGAGCUGCUGCAACCACCCGCUGCGCGUCAGCCACGGCUUCCUCAGACACAAGGAUCAGUUUGGGAUGUAUGCAUUAUACAGCAAAAACAAACCCAAAUCCGACUCGCUGCUGGCCAGCCAUGGGAACACGUUCUUUAAGUUCAAGCAGGUGCAACUGGGGGAUAAAAUGGAUCUUGCCUCCUACCUGCUGAAACCCAUCCAGCGCAUGAGUAAAUACGCCCUGCUGCUGAAGGACCUGAUCAAGGAGUGCGGCGAGGCCCAGGAGCAGGAGCUGGGCUACCUCCGAGCAGCAGAGGAGAUGGUGAAAUUCCAGCUUCGGCACGGCAACGACCUGCUAGCCAUGGACGCCAUCCGAGAUUGUGAUGUGAACCUCAAGGAGCAGGGGCAGCUGAUGCGGCAGGAUGAGUUCACCAUCUGGCUGGGCCGCAAGAAGUGCCAGAGACACGUCUUCCUGUUUGAGGACCUGAUUCUCUUCAGCAAGCCCAAGAGGAUCGAGGGAGGCUUCGACGUGUACAUCUACAAGCGCUCGUUCAAGACGGCAGAUAUCGGCCUGACGGAGAACACCGGGGACAGCGGCCUGCGCUUUGAGAUCUGGUUCCGACGGCGGAAGUCCAGCGAUACGUACGUCCUCCAGGCCAGCACAGCAGAGACCAAGCAAGUCUGGACCAAGGACAUUGCCAAGAUCCUGUGGCAGCAGGCCACCCGCAAUAAAGAAAUCCGCAGGCAGGAGAUGGUGUCCAUGGGGGUAGGGAACAAGCCGUUUCUCGACAUCACGCCCAGCGAGGCAGCUAUCAACGACCGCGCCAUCGAUUACAUCAUGAAGGGCAGAGGAGCUCGGACAAGGGCCUCCAUCGCGGUGUCUCUGUUUGACCACUCCAACCCCUACAAGAGAGCCCAGACGCCUCUCUCUGCUGGCGCCCCCUCCGCCUACAGCCCUUCGUCCUCCUCCCUGCUCGGGCCCCUCAACCUGCACGUGUACCUGGAGCAGGCCCUGCUGCCGGGCGUGCUGGCCCCCGGCCGCCCCUUCCACGCCGGCGCCUGCAUCGAGGAAGAUGAGCAGGAGCAUGAGACCAGCAGCCAGCCUUCGCUGACGACGGAGAGCUCCGAGUCCUCCCAGUGCCUGUCGGGCAGCGGCUCCGACAGCGGCUGUGUCUCCAGCGUCCCCCAGGAAAGCUUCUGUGACGACGUGGGCUCGCCGGCGUACACGCCGCUGGGCUCCCGGCACAGCACCACGCUCACCUCCCCGCUGGACGAGAACCCCAACUUCGCCAAACGCCAGUACAGGUCUGCGACAGCAGGCCCGGUCACCGUGAGCCCCUCGACAGUUGUGUGAGCCCCUCUGCACAAGUGUUCUGCCUCAAGGCGCAGAGCUGUCUGAUCACUGGUUCCAUUGAACCCACGGAAGAGUCCACGUCUCUGACCGGCACCAGGAGACUGGAGAUGUUCAAGCCCAACCACAGGCUCGUCAAACCAGCCCAGCACGGGCACUUGGCUGGGGAGCGCCCCCAAUUAGUGCCCUGUUAACUAGACGCCACCACGGGCGUGUUGGAGGGGCAGUUAGUCCUUUAUUUAUAAAUGUGUUAACACGUAACGUAGCAAUUUGCAAAGACAGAGUAUUUUGGAAGCUCUGGACUGUACAGAUUUUGUUACUCGUUUUGUUAUAACGUUUAUGGAAGGGCUCGAGGAGGAAACGAACGAGGUAUUUAAUAAAAGUAGCGCCGUUUCCAUUUGGGCUGCGUGCUGCGCCGCAGCGUGAGAUCGGCGGCCUCCCUUUUGUUUUAGAUUGGCUAGUGUAGCGAUAAUUUAUUUCCUUGGCUUAACACUCCUGUUUUAAUCAAACCAGGUUCAUUGUUACGUCAGGUGCUUGCCGUGCUGAGCUGCUCCCUGCCUUAGUACCACUAUGAGCUGUCAGUGUCUCCCACCUCCCCGUUUGACUGCUGGGAAGAUUGACCCCAGAACCCUACAAAACCAGACAUCCCCCUGGGCAGCAGAGUAGUGUUCCCAGGGCAGAUGUGGGGAGGCCCCAGCACAGCAGCGGUGCGAGAGCAGGUCAGAGGCGACGUCAGUGGGAGCCGUCCUGCAGAAGCCAGAUGUGCUCUCCUGGCUCUGCAGCACGCCUGUUGGAGAGAAGAAGGGAACUGUUCAUGCUGUCCAGCUCCAGCUCAGUUGCUGUCUUUGUGGCAGACCUCACAGGCGGCAGCCGGGCCUAAGGGCAUGAGGCGUAAGGGGCAAAGUCAGCAUUGUGGAGAGGCUGUCACAGAAGGAACGGGGGCGUGCCCAGUGUGGCUGGGCGGAAUGGCGGUUUGCUGGCCUGGUCUGCCUUUGCCUUUGUCGUGUGUUCUAGGCCCAUUCAGAUGCCCAGCCCCAGCAUGUGGUGGUGGUAAUCAAAGUAGCACGGACCAGAGCCCCUGUCUGAGCACAGCAGCUACGGAGUGUGUUGAGCCCAGAUUAUUAUGCCACUGAAACAGUCAAGGCCCCAGCUUUAAUGUGGUGUAAUUCCAGUAGAGACACGCAUUUGCCUGUGUGCGAUGUGCCCCUUAGGACAGUUUGAGCUCCUCGGUAAGCGCCGUCAGGGAAGUUUGACUUUACUGACGCCGCAAGGGCUUGUUUGGCUUGGAAUCCUUUCAUUUAACAUGUAGUGGGGGAAAUGCAAACCUGCUGGCUGAGAGCAUGUUUACUUAGGGCUUCUUCAAGUGCUGCAAACCUUUAGCCCCCAGCUUUUGCAACACGUACACACACCUUAAUAAUAGUAGGGAGCAGCCAACUUGGCCUUAAUAAUAGUAGGGAGCAGCCAACUGCUUAACUAGUUUCUCUGCAUAGCUGCUGGUUUGGGUCCAUUCACAGUUCAGUGCUUUCUAGGCUCAGAAACGCUCACCCUCCUGGGCACACAUUUAGCCUUUGCAUAUCAGCCCUGUUCCUUUUCAUUCGGAAAUGUACAUAGGACACUUCUUUGAUGUUCCAUUAAUAAGCUGAUACUUUUUCAGUCUUACUCCUUUUUAGAUGUCAAAAUGGAAGAUGAUUGACAUUUUGGUACAAUAAUGUGUGGUGAACAAUUGGCCAGGGACGAUUUUAGAACCCGGUGUGUAAAAAUCUCUAGCUAAUUCUAAGUUUUGUGCCUCAACACAGUGCUAGCGAAUACCACUAACGAGGGAAAGACUUUACCAACAAACCAAGGGGCACAUGGAACUACCAUUGUGACCAAUUUCUGCAAUUCCUGUUACAGAGGUUUCUGCAUUGCUGGAAGAAUCUUUAGAAAUGUUCAGCUGCCACCUGGUUUUCCAGGAUUUGAUUUCACAGCCUAAUAAAGGUUAUUUUCUUCGUA